GUCUACGAUAAUUUUGUUGUUUAUCUUUCUUUCAACUCUUGCAGUGCUGGCGAUCAACACCGAACCCAGGUCCUUAUAUUAAGGACAAAUUGGGGAAUAUUUUAUUGAAGUUUUAGAUUUGGAGCUAAUAUUGGAUUAUUUGUGAAUUAUCGUCCAAUUAUUUCUCAAAUUGUUUUUGUUCGUGUUUCUAAUCUACACAUCUUAAUCAUAAUAUUACACAAUGGAGGCAAGUGCAGAAAAAAUAGUUCCUGUAGAAGAGGCAGGAUCCAUUCUUGAGCAACAGCUUUUUGGUGUUUUUGAUGGAAUUAUCAUUUUAGUUCUGGCUCUUGGAACUUUGUUUUAUUUCUGUCGCAAGAAGAAAGAAGAACCCGUUAGAUCUUUUUCAAUUGAGCCCAACACAUUUGCUACAGAUGACUCCAGUUUUAUCACUAAAAUGAAAUCAACAGGUAGAAGGGUUAUUGUUUUUUACGGUUCUCAAACUGGUACUGCUGAAGAAUUUGCUGCCCGUUUAGCUAAAGAAGCUAAUAGAUAUGGAAUGAAAGCAAUGGUUGCUGAUCCUGAAGAUUAUGAAAUGGAAGAUUUGGCUAAAGUGCCUGAAAUAGAAAAUUCACUUGCUAUAUUUUGCAUGGCGACCUAUGGGGAAGGAGAUCCUACUGAUAAUGCUCAAGAAUAUUAUCAGUGGUUGCAGUCUGGUGAAGUUGAUUUAUCUGGCUUAAAUUUUGCUGUAUUUGGUCUUGGUAAUAAAACAUAUGAACAUUACAACUCAAUGGGAAUAUAUGUUGAUAAGCGACUAGAGGAAUUGGGUGCUACAAGAGUAUUUGAGUUGGGUCUUGGAGAUGAUGAUGCAAAUAUUGAAGAGGAUUUCAUUACUUGGAAGGAAAGAUUUUGGGGUGCUGUCUGUGAGCAUUUUAAUAUUGAAAGCUUCGGAGAAGAUGUUAAUCUAAGACAAUAUGAGUUGGUCAUUCACGAUGAGAUAAAUGAAGAGAAGAUUUUUACUGGUGAACAUGCAAGAUUGAAUUCCUAUAGAAACCAAAGACCACCCUUUGAUCCUAAAAAUCCAUUCUUAAGCACUCUUAUUGAAAACAGAGAGUUGUACACCGGGGAUAGAUCAUGCAUGCACAUUGAGCUGGAUAUAACUGGUUCAAAAAUUAGGUAUGAAGCUGGUGAUCAUGUAGCUGUUUAUCCCACCAAUAAUCCUGAACUUGUUGAAAAGAUUGGAAAGCUCUUAAAUGUGGAUUUAGACACUGUAUUCAGUUUGAACAAUUUAGAUGAGGAUAGUACAAAAAAGCAUCCAUUCCCAUGUCCGACUACUUACCGUACUGCAUUGCUGCAUUACGUAGACAUCACAAGUGUUCCACGUACUCAUGUCCUUAAGGAAAUUUCAGAGUAUGCUGAAGAUGAAGAGGAUAAGAAAAUGCUAAAAUUGAUGGCUACCUCUUCAGAAGAAGGAAAACAUAAAUACUUAGAAUGGGCAGUUGAACACAGUAGAAGUAUAAUACACAUCCUUGAAGAUAUUCCAUCCUUAAAGCCUCCUUUGGAUCAUAUUUUGGAAUUGUUACCUAGAUUACAGGCUCGAUAUUAUUCCAUCUCAUCUUCACCUAAAAUUUACCCUACCUCAAUACACGUUACUGCUGUCUUGAUAGAUUAUAUGACAAAAACCAAUCGUCAUAAUACAGGUGUCACCACUGGCUGGUUCACAACCUUGAAACCUUCUAAUGGAAAUAUCACUAAAAUACCUAUUUUUGUUCGUCGCUCUCAGUUCAGACUUCCCAGUAAAUCGCUAACUCCUGUUAUAAUGAUUGGGCCUGGUACUGGUUUAGCACCUUUUAGAGGUUUCAUUCAAGAAAGAGCAUUUUUGAAAUCAGAAGGCAAACCUGUUGGUGACACUAUUUUGUACUUUGGAUGCCGUCAUGAAAAGCAGGAUUACUUAUAUGCAGAGGAGCUGAAGAAGUAUGUAGAUGAAGGAGUGCUUACUCACCUUCAUUUAGCUUUCUCUAGAGAUCAACCUGAAAAGAGAUAUGUAACUCAUCUUUUAAGAGAGAACAAAGCUGAAAUCUGGAAAGUGAUUGGUGAACAAAAUGGUCACAUUUAUGUUUGUGGUGAUGCUAGGCAUAUGGCUAAAGAUGUUCACAACAUUAUUUUGGAAAUCGUAGAAGAAUUUGGCCAGAAAUCUAAGAGUGAAGCUGAAGCUUAUAUCAAGAAAAUGGAAUCCCAAAGAAGAUAUUCUGCUGAUGUGUGGAGUUAACCAUUUAAUUUUUCAUAGAGACUAUUCAAUUAAGCUAUUAUCUCUUUCUCUAAACUAUUCUAUGGUUUAGUUUAUCAUGAAUUACUUUUAAUCAUGUCUAUUUAUUUUUUAUAAAGAAUGAAAUUGAAUAUCUGUAACUUGAUAUGGGAGUUAAUCAUUUAUUUGAAAAUACAUUUGAACAACUUUUCAAUGAUUUUAGUCCCCAUCUCAUAUUUUUACUGUACAAUCUGUUUUGUAUAUUCUUGUGAGUACAAAUCUAUAUUUUGAUUAAUUUUCUUAUUUUUAGGUGCUUUGAAUAUUGAAUAUUAAUAUUUUUCUGCUGUAAAAAGGUUGUGGAAAUUGUACAAAAUUUUUCUAAAAAUUGAAUCUUAGUGGAUUUUAAACUAUUGAUUUAUAAAAGAAUUAUGAUUUUUAUAUUAAUUUUACUUGAAAAUAUUAAUGCGACUUGUGUAUUGUAAAAGUUGUAUUUUUACCUCAAAGCUUUUACUUUAAGUUAUUUGUUGCUUAUGUUUUAAUUUUAAUGUUUUAUUUUGUACAAUCAAGCAUUUUAAAAUAAUUUUUAUAGUCCUUAUUGUUUCCCCUCCUUUUGUAGCGAUUUUUUAACUUUGAAAUUAUUUAUUAUGUAUGACUCCAUAAAAUUAUAUUUCUUUAAACAAAAUCAUACGAGGUGUACAAAUGGUUACUUGAGCUGAUAUAAUGUUAUACACCUAUUUAAAGUUUUUAAGCAGCAUAGAAACUACAAUAUUUUGCUGCAUAGGUUUUAAUUUUUUUAAGAAAUUGAAAAAUUAUUCACAUAUUUUAGUUUUAGCAAGACAUGAGCUUCAGUAUUCUUUUUAAUCUCUUAAUUUCAAAUAAGAUAAAGAAGAAAAAUUAUCAUUAAGAAACAUUGGAGUUGGGUCAUUUCAUUAUUGCUUUUAACGUUUCAGUACACUUUAUAAUUUACUUUUUGGUUUUGGGAAAUAUAUAGCACACUAAUCGAGCUUACAUACUAAUGAAACAUUACCAAUUAAUUAUUUCAAUAUAUUGGCUAACCUAGUUUAUAUACAAAUCCAGUGCCUUAACAUACUGAUAGUUAUAAAUAGAUUAUUUAUCUAAAAUCAGUGAUAUAUAUCAUGCAUUCCAUUUCAUAAAUAUUUUAUUAAAAAAUUAAUAAAAAGAAUAAUUGUUCUAAAGCUCCCAUUCUUAUAGAUAUUCAAUGAUUUAUUUUCACAAGUCUUUCAUAAACUUUGACUUCACACCCAUUUUUAUGUCACCUCAACAACACCUUCAAUCAAUGCUUUUUGUUGUUGCAUGUUUAAGAGUUUAUUGUUUAUAUUUGUUAUGGGCUGGUUUAAAAAUAGGCUUGCUAAGAAGUAUUUUCAAGCCCUUUUACGAGGUAAAACUGUUUGAGUGUAUUCUCAUUUCUUUUGGAAGUUGUGCCAAUAUAGCAAAAUGCGAAGUAUCAAGUUUUAAUCAGUUAAAAGAAUUGUUUUUUGUGUUUCUCAAUUAUGUAUUUUUUUUACUUGUGACUGAAGAUUAUGUAUGUAUUUGAUUAUUGUGUUUCAUAUACGUAGUAAAUGCAUCUUUGGUGGAAAGAAUUGAAUUUUGUUGCUUAGUUGUAAAUAAAAAAUAUGUGUCGUGUA